AUGUGGAAAAUUCUUACUUACAACUCCACCCCCAUUCAACAUUGAAGAGUUCAAACUGGAGAAAGGCCUUAUGAGUGUAACAAAUGUAGGAAGUCAUUUAAGCAUAGAUCUGGCCUCUUUCAACACCACAGGAUUCACACUGAAGAAAGGACUUAUGAGUGCAGUGAAUGUGGGAAAUCCUUUAGUCAAAGUUCUGUCCUCAUGCAACACCAGAAAGUUCACACUCAUGAAAGGCCUUAUAUCUGCAGUGAUUGUGGAAAAUCCUUUAACUCCAAAUCCAUCCUCAUGCAACACUGCAGAAUUCACACUGGGGCAAGACCUUACAAAUGCAGUGAAUGUGGGAAAUCCUUUCACCAAGGAUCUGGGCUUACUGGACACUGGAGUGUUCAUGCUAAUGAAAGGCUUUAUAAUUGCAGUGAUUGUGGGAAAUCCUUUAACUGCAAAUCCAACCUCAUGCAAUACUGGAGAAUUCAUACUGGAACAAGGCCUUAUGAAUGCAGUGAAUGUGGGAAAUCCUUUAGUCAAAGCUCUGCUCUCACUCAACACUGGAGAAUUCACACUCAUGAAAGGCCUUACAACUGCAGUGAUUGUGGGAAAUCCUUUAGUCACAAAUCUGACCUCAUGCAGCAUGGGAGAAUUCACACUGGAACAAAGCCUUAUGAAUGCAGUGAAUGUGGGAAAUCCUUUCAACAAAGAUCUGCCCUCAUUCAACACUGGAGAAUUCACACUGGAGAAAGGAGUGUAGUGGUUGUGGGAAAUCCUGUAGAUAGAACUCGAGGCUCCUUCAAUGCCAGAUAA